AUGUUGUCCCACUUGGGUGUCUCAGACAUCUAUCUUGAACAGUUUGGCAUCAAACCAUUUCACCGAUACUUUGCCGUCAUGAUUGUUUUUUAUAACAGCCAGAAGUUGACGAAAGCAUGUAUCGAUGGGCUUUAUCGAUCUCCUGAGGAGUUUGGUUUUGCUACUUUGAGAGUAGCACUGAUUGUUAGUAGAUUAGUUUCCAUGUCUAUAGUUCCUAGAAAAAAUUCUGUGGGAAUAGCUCGCAAGGAAACAGGCUAUCGGUGUUUAGUUCCAGAUGUUUUCAGUCGUCUGAGCUUGAAUUUCCCAGGUUUUAAUAGAAGUUCAAGUUCUUAUUUUAUCAUGUGA